CAAAAGCCAACACAAUAAACAGCACAGUGUCUGAAGAGCCACAUCUCCAGCGAGCUUUGUCUUUAUUUGAACUGUUCUUGGCUUACAGUCUGCCUUUUUCUAAGUCUAGAGCACUUAGUGUAGCUGAGCAGAAUGAGUCACGUGGACGUUAAGAACCUGAAGCCCACCACCUUUGAGGAUCGCUACUACGACGAAUAUGAGUACUACAAUCUGACAGACAGAUACACGGAGGGCGCGAGCCGCAAAGGCAAGACGAAGAAGGAGGCCAGCUGUAACACCAACCGCCACAACCCCGCGGGGCACGAGCGCAAAAUCGUCGAGAAGCUUCAGAACGCCGAGAAGAAGACCAAAGAGUGAAACAACAGAUUUGUUCGGACGGCUUGAUCUGGAAACCGACCUUUGGCGCCUUGGCGUCGGAUUUCAAAAGGCAGAAGAUGAUAGAAGUGCCCUCCGGUUGUAGGGAAGGGUGGCUGUUGAAACGACCCUCGGUGGCCGGUUUGGGGUUAUACGGGGUUUGGACGUGCGCAUGUGCAGCACACCUGAGCAGGCGGAUGCAGAACGCGUUGACGAGCGCGUACUGGAUGGUCAAUGAUUACUUUUUGUCUUGGUGUUUUUGAACAUACAUUUUUUUUAAAUAAUACUAAAAAUACUAAAACUGAUGAGAAAUAAAGACAUUUUACAACA